GUUGUGUCAAAAAUAACUUGCAGUGCACAAAUAUGACAGCUCCGGAUCAACUCCGGAGCUUGAAGUAUAUUAUCAACUAUAUCGAACUUAGUUCAUGUCAGUUUCAUAAUGUCCACUUCCCUGGUUGUUCCCCUACAUGUCGAAUACAUCAGAGCUCUCGGAAACAGCAAAGAUGAAUUGUCCUAUCACCUAUCGGCUCACCUAAGGAUGAACGCAGUGUAUUGGGGCUUGACUGCCCUCUGCGUUAUGGGACAUAAGGAUGCGUUGGAUCGUGAAGAGAUGGUAGAUUUUGUGAUGAGCUGCUGGGACGAAGAGGCAGGCGCUUUUGGUGCUCAUCCUGACCAUGACGCACAUCUGCUUUCUACUCUCAGCGCAAUACAAAUUUUGUUGAUGCAGGAUGCGCUCAGCAGAGUUGAUGUCGACCGUGUAGUGAAAUUUAUCUUAUCUUUGCAGCAUCCGUCUGGAGUAUUUGCAGGAGACGCUUUUGGCGAGACUGAUACACGUUUUUUGUAUUGUGCUGUCAACGCUCUCUCGCUUCUCGGAAGACUUCAUGAGUUGGAUGUCGAGAAAACGGUUGCGUAUAUUAGGGGUUGCAGGAAUUUCGAUGGUGGAUUUGGAGCUGUUACGGGUGGUGAAAGUCAUGCUGCACGAGUGUUCGUUUGUGUUGCGGCACUCGCUAUUUUGGACAGACUGGAUGAGGUCGAUCAGCCGACCCUAUGUUGGUGGCUAUCAGAGCGACAGCUACCAAAUGGAGGGCUUAAUGGGCGCCCUGAAAAGCUGGAAGAUGUUUGCUACAGCUUCUGGGUGCUAUCCGCCCUUUCUAUCCUAGGCAAGCUCACAUGGAUAGACGCGAGUAAAUUGGAAACCUUCAUUCUCUCCGCACAAGACACUGAGACUGGAGGUAUUGCCGACCGCCCAGGCGAUAUGCCUGAUGUCUUCCAUACCCUUUUUGGCUUGGCCGGCCUGUCAUUAUCGGGAUACCCGGCACUGGUGGACCUCGACCCGGUAUACUGCAUGCCUGCCAGCAUCAUUGAAAGUAUGGGUCUCAGGAAGGGGUGGGAAGCUUUGCAGAGAAGGCCUUCGUGAUUUACAGUUGCAAUAUAUGUUUUAUUGGAAGAAGAUCCAGACUUUGAAAUCUGAAAUAGUACGAAGGAUUUGCCUGAAUUGCACGUAUUAUUAUUAGGGGUAGCAUUGGAAGGCUGUCGUCAC